GGCCGGUCGAGGGGCGGUGCUGCGCAGGAGCGGCGCGCGCGUUCCCGAGCGCGUUCCCGUUCGCCUUCCCGAUCACAUCCCCAAGCACGUUCACGUUCCCGUUCGUGUUCCUGUUCGCAUCCCCAAGCACGCUCCCGAUCGCGUUCCCGUUCCCAUCCCCGAGCACAUUCCCGUUCACACUCCCGGGCGCGUUCCCGUUCCCAUCCCCGAGUGCAUUCCCGUUCACACUCCCGGGCGCGUUCCCGUUCCCAUCCCCGAGCACUUUCCCGUUCACUUUCCCGGGCGCGUUCCCGUUCCCAUCCCCGAGUGCAUUCCCGUUCACACUCCCGGGCGCGUUCCCGUUCCCAUCCCCGAGCACUUUCCCGUUCACUUUCCCGGGCGCGUUCCCGUUCCCAUCCCCGAGUGCAUUCCCGUUCACACUCCCGGGCGCGUUCCCGUUCCCGUCCCCGAGCGCGUUCCCGUUCACACUCCCGGGCGCGUUCCCGUUCCCAUCCCCGAGUGCAUUCCCGUUCACUUUCCCGGGCGCGUUCCCGUUCCCAUCCCCGAGCGCAUUCCCGUUCACACUCCCGGGCGCGUUCCCGUUCCCGUCCCCGAGCGCGUUCCCGUUCACACUCCCGGGCGCGUUCCCGUUCCCAUCGC